AUGUCUGAAAUAAGACUCCAUGAGAGAGCUGCAGGCAAGAAACUACUGCCAGAACACCGGCAGAAAAAUCCUCCCAUCAGACCUGCAACAUUCAAGAAAACAAAGAACACAGAAAAGGGAGGGAUCCCCAAGCCAAACACCACUGGGGAGUGUGAUUCAAGUCUGGGCAAAGGUGAUGCUUACCACGGGGCUCCCCUGCCUUUGGAAAAAGUCACAGCCACCAGAGUCCAGAGAAUCAAGGAUCCCAAUCCCACCAAGGAUGUGCAGAGGUGCUAUCCACCCAAGGUGCCUGCCCUGGACCGCAGCAAAAGAAGAAACGAGGUGCACUGUGCCAAGAUCCACCCAUUGAAGCAUGAAAAGUCAGACCUGCGGGAUCGACGGGAGAAAGAGAGGGAGAAGAUAUGCCAGGUGCAUGAAGCACUGAAAACAGACCUAGAGAUCCACAAGCCACCCAUACAGAGGUUGGAUUUGGCAGAAAGCAAUUUACAAUGUGCACCAGCCUACAUGCAGCAGGUAGCCAAUGACAGAGAAAUGGAGCAUGAAGCUCUCACCAGCCGCCCACAGGCUGCAGAGCGGCGCGUGGUGGAGCUGGAGAUGGCGGCUUCUGCGGUCACUGCAGCACAGAAGGAGGCUGAAAUGUUCUUCAAACAGCUGAAUGAUGUAACACUUCAGCUCGAGGAAAAGACCAGAAGCUUCAAUGACCUGGAACAAGUGAAUACAGAGUUGCAGGAGAAGCUGGAAGCACUCUGGACCCAGAGAAACAACAUGAAGAAGAGAAUCUGCAAGUUCCAACAAGCCCUGGCAGGGCGGGAGGUCCUGAAGAGACGACUGGACAAUCUGAGGUGGAUAGUGACCGCAGCAAAUCUUGAAAGAGACACCUUCGCAGAGGACCUGAGCAUUGAGAGGUCCGCACGGAAGGAAGAGGCCCAGCAGCUGACCCAGAGGGUGAACCAACUGACAGAGGAGAAGGAGCAAGUGUCAAGGCAGGUGCUAGCCCUACAGAAUGAGCUGGGCGAACUGAGAAGGAAGCGGGCAGAGUCAAGGCCCCCCACACGACCGUCUCAGGCCGAACGGCAGCUGCAGGCCCAGGCCUACAGUACACAGAUGGAGUUAAAAAACCUGAAGGAACAACUUCACAUCCAGGUCCAGGAAAACCAGAGGCUCCGUCUCCAGAAUGUGGAGCAACAGGAGCAACUGCGGAGACUGGAGGAGAAGGCCAAGGAUCGGCAGGAGAUCACAGAGAUCCCAGGAUUUACAUGUGUGUGUGACCCACAGCCAGAGGAACAGUUGGCCCUGCUGCAGGACUCUCUCCACAGGGUGAGCAGUGAGAAGGAGGGGCUCACCAGCAUCCUGGACUAUGAGCUGCAGGUGAAGAAACAUCUGCGGGAACAGCUGGACCAUGCAGAGGAGAAGAGAGAGGAAUGGAAAGAGGUGGCUGAGAGAGACAGCCAGGCGGCACAGGAGCUGCAGGAGUGUCAGUUGGCCCAGCUGCAGGAGGUCAGAGCCACGUGUGAUCUGCACAUCACUUCCAAUGAGCGGCUGCGCUCUGAGAAGGACGCCCUGCAGCAGCACCUGCAGAGGCAGACCCAGCUGCAGGAGCAGUUGAAGCAAGUGCAGGCCCCGACCAACUGGGGGGACCCGGAGGUGCCCCAAAAGUGGCAGGACACUAUCAAGUGCCUGGAAGUGACCAGACCACAGGAGGAGCUCCUGCAGGCCCAGCUGAGCAUCCUGGCUUUUCCUGGGGAAGGGGAAGGUGAGAGCCCUGGAGAAGCAAAAGGUGAGGACAUGAGUCUCCCCGACAUGACCAUCGCAGAGCAUGGAGACAUCCCCCAGACCGAGAGGGACGUGGAUCUGCAAGCACUCUCGGUGGCUGAAAUCCACAGGUGGAAGCUCCUGCCCCAGAAGCUGCAGGCCCGCUUGGGACUCCCAGCCCACCUGGCAGCUCAGUGCCAGAUUAAUCUGGAGCCACAGGCCAUCUGCCCUAUGAGCUGCCAACACAGCCUGUGUGCGGAUGGGAAGCAGGACACGAGGGCGUCCAUGAAGGAAAUCUGCUCCAUCUACCAUCUGCCUGAUGAAGUGGACUUCCAGAGUCCAGUGGAGGAGCUACACCAUCGAUACAGCCAGCUGUCAGCACACAUCCAGACCAUGGAGGAUUGCCUCCUGAAGUAUAAAGAACAGAUGCACAUCCUGGAUGUGCUUUGUCGGGAGAAAGCUGAGCACGA